AUGCCCAGAAAAGCAAAAGCACAAUCAGAAGUUGCUGAUGAUAACAAAGAUAAGUUGAAUCAUUCGCCAAAUAGAAAAGAUAAGGAGACUUCCUAAAUGAUUGAUGAAGAGGUAAAAGCAUCUACAAAGGCAACCAAUAAAACUAGAGGGUCAUCUAGAUCAGGAGCUGCUAGAAAAUCAUUUUAUGUGGAUUCUAGCGAUGAUGAUGAAAAUGAUAUUGCUGAUGAUGAUGAUGAGGAAGUUGUGGUUGCAGCACCAAAGAAUAAAAAAUCAGUAAAAUAAGCAAAGCCACCUAAAAAGGUUAGGAAAACAAAUGAUGGAGGCGAUAUCAAGGAAGAAGCUAAAAAGCAGUAAGCUUAACGCAAAUAAUCUAAGCCAAUCUCAGUAAUUCACAUGUCUUUAACAAAAAAUUAGUACAAAGUUGAUGAUAGCGAUGAAAGUGAAGGGGGUUAAGAUAUCAGCGAUGAAUCAGAUGAUUUUUAAGUUAAUGAAGUUGAAUCUAGUGAUUAAGAGAGUUCUAAGAGUGAAGAUGAGGAAGAAAAAGGAAAUAAGAAGGGCAAGUAAAAGACUUAAAAUAAAAGCAAAGAAUUGGUAAAAGAGAGCAAAAAGAGGACAAGAGAUGGCAAAAUUAAAUAAAUUUCAAAGGAUAAAAAUGAUAAGAAGGAUGCAGCUGAUAAAGGCAAGCCAGCUUAAACUUCAGGUAAUCCUCUAGGAGGAGGAGGUGGUCAUAGAGAGAAGGAUGAUGGUGGCAAGAAGAUGAUGACUGAUAAAGAAGCAUAUGCUGGAAUCAAGGAGUAUAUGAUCAAGGUAAAAUAAAUUAAUUUAAAAACUUUCUAGGCAAACAGACCAUAUUCUCUGCAAAAUGUCCUUGAUAACAUGCAUGGGAGAGUUAAGAAGGUACAAGGUUAAAAGGUGCUCGAUGAUCUAACAGAUCAGAAGACUCUUACAUGUAAAGAAUUCGGUAAAGCCAAGGUAUAUCUUGCCAACUAAGAUAACUUUCCAACUACCAGCAAUGAAGAGCUACUUAAGUUAGAUCAAUAGAUUAAGACUCACAAAGAUAAUCUAUAGUUAAAAUAAAAUAGACUAAAGGAGCUUCAAAACUAGCUAAAAGAUGUAUGUUCUGGUCUUAACAAUAUCUAAAUGAAAGCUGAGAUAGAAAGGCUUAAAAUAGAGAAUGAAAAUAUCAGAACUAAGACUUAGAAAUAUGAAGAAGGAAAUAUUCAGAUGAUAAGUGAAGAGGAAAUUAAUGAGAAGAAAAAGGAUCUUUUGAAGUAUGGAAUUGAAUGGAAGAAGAGGAAAAGAGCUUGCAUGGAAAUAACUAGAUGA